GUCACCCACAUCAAUUCUUCCACUGGGCGAGCAACAUGACAUGUAAGAAGACCUUGAAGGGCGUUUUCAGCCCUAGCAGCUGGAAGAAGCGAAACAACGCCGCCAAGGAGGUCGAACCUUCGUCUGCACUGAGACAAGAACAACAAAAUGAAUCCCAACCCGCUAAUACACUCCGCUCUCAGCCAGAUGAAGUUCAUAUCCCUUGCCUUGCCCAGACCAAAAGCAAUAAUGUCGACCACGAGACUAGCCACGAUGAACUGGAAGAGUUGACGGAGAUGACGGACAAUAGGGAAAUGAAGGGCACUCGUACUGAACUUUGUAGCAAAGAUGAGCAGGUCGAAUUGAGCAACCGAUUGCAUGACAAAACCCUGCGUAACGGUCUUUGGAAAGCGGCUUACCAGAAAGUGGCGCAGGAACUAGAUGGAAACGUGUUGGCCCAGUUUGUCCACCUUUUGGUAGAAGCCGAGAUCAGUCAAGAAGAGCCAGGAACGAGCAAUAACAAUGCCAAUAAAGUGGACAGUGAAGGCAUCCUUGAGAAUCUACAGGAAAUUGUCAAGGGCAGGCUGGAUGUGAUACAGAAUGCAAGGCUGGUCAUCAGGGGUAGAGUUGUUAGGGACGAAGUGUCUGAGAUAUUCGAUACGGUCAAAACGUUUAAAGACAUUAUCACAGCAACUGUUAGUGCAGAGCCUCAUGCAGCGCUGGCAUGGGGUUGCAUGGCAGGCUUCUUUCCCUUGCUAGACAAUGCACUGACACAAUUUGAGAACGCCAAAACUGGAUUGAGGGUUAUUUCUGACAUCUUGGUUCGUUGUCGAGUCAUAGAAGCAACAGCUUUAAUCUCUAGGGAUCAGUCAUCUGGAAAUCAGGAGCUUCUUUCUCAGGUGAAAGACAAAAUGAUCGAUCUUUAUUCACAGAUCCUAAAAUAUCAGAUUUCGCUAGCAUCUCAGUACUCUCGUCCCUCCAUCAAGCGUCUGCUGAGGGACAUCGUCCUCAAAGACAAUUGGACAGCCAUGUAUAAAGAUAUGCGGAUGACGGAAGAGAGUAUCACGUUGGAUCUGGAAAGACUUGACCAGAAGACAAUUGCAAGCAUUGCUUAUCAGAUGUCCAGUCUUCAGAAGACUGUGAAGGUGGUUUUGGAUGAGAGUGUAAAGGUUCACGAAGAGAUCAAGCUCCUCACACAAGACGCCUUGAUCAGGGGAUUGCCCGAAGCCCAAUAUGCUGCCUUUGAUACGUAUAGGAAGAGCAUGCCCCCACCAGCAUAUUGCCAUGAAGAUACUCGGAAAAGGGUUCUUCGCGAAAUCCAAAAAUGGGGAAAGAGCAGCGAUGGCAACUGUAUCUUUUGGCUAAGGGGCAUGGCAGGUACUGGCAAGUCUACCAUCGCUCGGACUGCGGCCAAAAUGUUCAAUGAUCAGCUUCUUCUUGGUGCCUCAUUUUUCUUCUCGAGGAGCAAUGCUGAUCGAGCAGAUCCUGAUAAACUCUUUUCAACCCUCGCCCGACAAUUAGCAGAUGUGCUCCCCGGCUUUGCUGCCCACUUGAAAGAUUCCAUCCAGCGCAAGCAUGAUGUGACUCAGCAGUCUCUAGAUCAGCAAUGGAGAAGUCUCCUUCUCGAGCCCCUUUCUGCGCUGAGCGACAAUUUCCCGCACCGGAUGGUAUUAGUACUUGUGAUUGAUGCCUUGGAUGAAUGCCAGAAUGGACGCAUAUAUGCUCAGAGCAUCAUAAAGGUCCUGGCUACCGCGAGGACGCUCAAGAAAAUUCAGCUACGGAUCUUUGUGACUAGCCGGCCUGAGGAUUAUUUGGCCGAUGGAUUCACCCAGAUUCCUUCGACAACUUACUAUGAUGUAAUGAUCGAUCAUGAUGGAAACCGAACCACAAAACGAGACAUCCGUAUCUUCCUCGAAGACAAAUUGUCCGAUAUUGCUACAAGAAAGCAGGCCAACGAAGCCUGGCCUGGUAAAGAAAGAACAGAAAAGCUUAUUGAAGGAUGUGGACGACUGUUCAUCGCCGCAGCGACUGCCUGUCGAUUGCUCGAGGAUACUGGUUUCCUCAACGAUACCUUGGAUUUAUUGUUCAAUACUAAGCAGCAUGAUUCUCUUACCAGGGAUAUUGAUGAAAUGUACACACUCGUCUUGGAGCAAGCAAUCACGAAGCGAGGUUCGGAUAGUAUACAUCUGAUUCCUCUGUUCCAGCUGGUAGUUGGGUCGGUCAUUACCAUGCCAGAGGCGCUCCCACUGCGUAAACUUGCAAUGCUUCUCCGAGAACCCUGCGAUAAGAUUAGAAUGAUGCUCAAGAACUUGACUUCAGUCCUGGUUGUGCCCGAAGAUGAUGACUCACAAGUUUCGCUCUUCCAUCUUUCCUUUCGUGAUUACCUUGUUGAUCCAAAUCGAUGCAAAGAUAGGGACCUCCUCAUUGACGAGAAGAAAGCAAACGAAAAACUUUUCCAUCGAUGCAUGGACAUUCUUCAUGAAAAGGGCAACCUGCGCAGGAAUAUUUGCAAUAUCCAACAUCCAGGAACUGCAGCAAUCGAAGUAUUACAAGAGACUAUCAACGAGCAUCUUCCCUUGGAGGUCCAGUAUGCCUGUUGGUAUUGGGGUACACAUAGCAACUCUGGAGGGCCUCUCCAGCCAGAGAAAGCCGCACAACUCUUGGUCUUCCUGAAGGAGCACUUUACCCACUGGCUUGAAGCCCUGAGUCUUACGGGGUUGAUGCGGCUUGCUAGUCCUACAAUGACUGAAUUGAAGACUCGUGUUGCGGUCGAGAAUUAUCCAGAGCUUUUCGAAUUCGUGGAUGACGGGAGACAAUUUGUCAAUCACCGCGGCACCGAGAUCGCCGAUGCUCCCCUCCAGGUUUAUUAUUCUGCCCUUAUUUUCUCUCCCACAUCAAGUGUGCUACGAAGACAAUACCUUAAAGAAAUACCUCGGUGGAUAAACAUGACCUCUACUACCCAUAACAGCUGGGGUCAAUCUGAGCGCAUAUUCAGAUGCGAACACUCUUGCUGUGCGACAUUUUCUCCUGAUUCAACAAUUAUUGCGGUCGGUACUGGUAUUGGGGAGAUACGGAUCUGGAACAUGAUAACCGGGGAGCUUGAACAAAUACUGCGGGACUAUGGCACAAGAAAUGAGAAUGAGGUAGUGUUAGGACUACUGUUCUCUGCUAGUGGCAGGGAUCUAACGGCAGUUUACAAAAGUGGCAUUAUUAUCACCUUCAACGUUCUUACAGGAAAACGGGAGCAAAGAAAGAAAUUACCGAUAGAGGUCAGAGAAAGUGCAGUCAUUAAGUUGUUGCCUGACUCGAGGAUCAUUGCAUUUUUUUCACAACAUACCAAAGCAGUGUACCUCUGGAACUUUGAUAUUGGCGAGACUAAGAUCAUACAUGGCCAGUUUGAGGAAUGGAUCAUGUCACCCAACGCAGAGCUCAUUGCAUCAUACUCAGAUGGUCGUGUGAAGCUGAGUAAGGUCAUUCCCCGUGACGCUGAGUUUUGUGCUAUCGAGGAAAUAAGCGCUUGGGAGGUGAAAGAUAGUCCUCGGUUCCAUGUUGUCUUCUCUUCGGACCUCAAAAGAAUCGCCUUUAGGACCGGCUAUGACACGUCACAGAUAUGGGAUAUAGAAGGGCAGCCUGAAUUGGUCAUGGAAUUCAGGUCUGGCUAUGUCGAAGAUAUAGUCUUUACUCCCGAUGGCAACCAGAUGGCAGUGCGCGCAGCUACAGGAACAAUAGAGAUAUGGGACCUGACUACUCGACGCGUUUUCCAUCGGAUAGAAAAUCAUGGUAGACGAGCCACGGCUCUUACCCUCUCUCCUGAUGGUCGCAAAUUAGUCUCCUUAGCCUCUCUCGAAAGCGCAGUGCAGAUAUGGGAUCUCCAUGACUUGAGCAAAGUGGACCAAACACCGGGGUCACCGACUGAUGAGUAUAAUAUUUUAUACGAUUCUAUCAUUUUUCCCAGUGGACAAACAGCUAUGUUAAAGUCUUACGGAGUUACGUCUAAAAUAUGCGACCUUGUCACUGGCAGACUUCAACACAGACUGACAGAAUAUAAUGGCAAGUUUGCGGUCUUUUCGCCAGACAGCAAUUACCUGGCCCUGUUCAAUAAAGAUGACUGCUUUAAAGUACUCAGUACCACAACAUGGAAACCCAACCUCGUUCUUGAGAGCUCAUUUGGCAUAACUGCUGCUUUUUCGCCAGACAGUAGGAGAGUGGCCAUCCAUGGAAACGAUGGCCUUCUGCGGGUAUACUGUAGUGCUACGGGUAGGGAAGAACGAUCUAGCCCAAAAGGUCUGCCAGGAAGUGAGUUAAUGGCCUUCUCACCAAGUGGUGACAUGGUGGCAUCAUCACUAGGCCCGGUUAUUACUCUUUGGAGACUUGGCAAGGAGCCAAUACAGGAUGAUAUUGACAUUGGAUAUGGUCACAUUAACGUCCUCGCCUUCUCUCACAGCGGGAAACAGUUGGCAACUGGUUGUAAGGAGGGCCUUGUGAAUAUUUUGGAUUUGACAACCGGAAAAGUGCAUACAAAAUCUCUCAGCUGUGCGACAACGGUUUAUUCUUUGGCUUUUGCGCCAGACGAUACUCGAAUCGCAUCAAGAUGCAUGAAGACCGUCCAGAUAUGGGAUAUGGCAAAGGAGGAGCCUAUUAAACUGUUACCCUGUCACCGAAGUGCCUCAACUCAUACGCGGCUAUUGCUAAAUUGGGAAAUUCUGGCCAUGUACACUGUGGAUGAAUGGGAGAAGUGGGUCAUUUACAACGGGCAGAGACUUUUGGCCAUCCCAGCUGACUUUCGUCCAAAAUUCGUUGAGCUCUUGUCCGCCACUUCUCUCGUUCUGUUCGGCCAACAGUCAGCUCUUGGCAUCUUGCACCUUUCCCCAGAUCCCAGCUUGGAGGAAAUAUAGAUUACCAUUUGCAGAUAACAAUUUUCCAUCUACAUGGCAAAUAAUGAUUGGAACGGGUAGAUAAACUACCUAAGUCGACCAGACAUAGGACUGGGCGCCGUGUGGGAAAUCAUAGGAGUCUGAAACCUAUUCCUGGUGUCUAUUUUGUCUUAGCGCGCCUUAAGUGGGUUUUCUAUUGUUUCUGAUACCCCAGUCCUAUCGGGAUACCAUAGGGACCCCAAAGUACAUACAAGAUCUACUAAGUUUACAGUACACUAGAACUGGCAGUAUUUACUGAGAAGGAUUGAAACAAAUUAUCCUGGUUUCAAUUUCAAG